AUGGCUUCCAAGGAAUACACUGAAGAUGAGCGGCGUCAGCUCGAACAAGAACUCAAUGUUGAGAUCAUACCUGGCACUGAAAUCAUGACGGACAUAGGGAGCCACCACUUCGUGAAAGGUAUUCACCGAGAGGUUCUCGUUCCUCAACCCUCCGAUGACCCGCACGACCCGUUGAACUGGAGCAUCUGGUGGAAGACCGGAUGUAUCACGUCUACAGCCUUUGUGGUUUUUACCCAGGGGUUUGGUCCUCUCGCACUGGCACCCAUGUUCCCUGCGUUGAUGGAAGCGUUUCAGUGUGACCUCGCUGGUGCUAUCCAGUUUACAGGCGUGUGUAUCUUGGUGCUGGGAUUCAGCAACUUCAUCUGGGUUCCCAUCAGUACUUCCUUUGGCCGUCGACCAGUGCUUCUCCUCAGCCAACUUAUUAACUUUGGCACUAGUAUUUGGCGCGCCAAAGCUACUUCAUACGGCUCAUUCAUGGGUGCAUGCAUCGUCAACGGCAUCGGUGCUGGUCCCUCAGAGACGAUGAUGCCUGAGGUCAUCGCUGACAUCUUCUUCUUACACGAUCGAGGGAAGUGGAACACAUUAUAUUGGGUGGUAUACAUGGGCUCUCUCAUGGUGGGACCUAUCAUCUCGGGCGUAAUGACAGAAGACCUCGGCUUUCGUAGCUUCUGGUGGCUCAAUGCCGGGCUUAUUGGCGCCUCCUUCCUGAUGGUUGUUUUCCUGUUUCCAGAAACGCGCUUCAAGCGCCAGGACACAAAGGCCGUCCCCGCAAAGCACAUCGCAUCCGAUAUACCUGACGAGAAAACGCAUGCAACCAAUAUAGAAACCACCGCCUCUUCUGAUAACGGCGACAUUCAACAGGUCACUACCGUGUCCUCCAACUUGCCCAAUGCUAACGACCUCACGCUCACCGAGACUGCGGCUAAAGACCCAUACCUUGGCGCCGGAACCCCUGCUCGCUGGCAAUGGCGCAUCUUCCAACCGAAUGCAAACCCCUUCCUCUCUAUUCUGCUUGAUCUCUGGAUUCCAUGGAAACUCUUCGCAUUCCCCGUCGUUGAGUUUGCUGCCUUUGUUGCAUCCUGGUCUUGCUCCUCCUUCCUUACCAUCAACCUCACGCAAUCCCAAGUCCUGUCGCUCCCGCCGUACAACUUCAAACCCACGACUGUUGGUUUUACGAACUUUGCCAUCAUCGUUGGCGCGCUGAUCGGAUUGAUCACAUCCGGUCCAUUGAGCGAUUGGGUUGCCGCAAAGGCGACAAAGAAGAAUGGCGGUGUCCGUGAACCAGAGAUGAGGCUACCUGCCAUGAUCCCGUAUGUCGUGGUCAUGUUCCUCGGUAACAUUGUGGUGGCUGUUGGAUACGAGAGGAAGUGGCCGUGGGAAGCCAUUAUUAUCAUUGGCUACACAUGCGCGGGUAUCCAGGUUGCGGCACUUCCAGGAAUCGUGAGCACGUACGCGGUAGACUCUUACAAGCCGGUUGCGGGUAGCUUGUUUGUCGCAAUCACGGUGAACAAGAAUUUGUGGGGGUAUGGAUUUGGAAAGUUCAUCACGCCGUGGAGUAUCGAGGCCGGAUUCAUCCCGCCGAUCAUGACAAAUGCAAGUCUUAUUCUAGCCUGGUGUUUGUUUGGCAUUCUGUUUUACUAUUACGGAAAGACGUUCAGGAGAUGGAGCAAGAAUAGCAGCGUGCACAGGAUGUGA